UCUUAAGGUCUAAUAAGAAGGAAAAAAAACAUUAGACUGAAGAAGUGAAGUAGAAAUUUCCUUAUAAUCACCGGAAAAUGGAAAAAUACAAGUUCAGUGGAUGAUCACCCAAUAUGAACAUAUGGGAGAUAAAAAGACUGAAAAAAGUCGCAAAAAUCCACUUACUAAUAAAAAAAAAAGUGCACAAAACCAUUAGUAUCAGAGUGGGUCACCACAUCAAAUCCACAUUAAAAUCAAACAACCCUAAAGCAGAGCACUAUCCCUCCUUUCUCAUUCUCUUUUUUUUUUAAUCCUCUCAUUCCAUUUUGCUAAUCUCUUCUUUCCUAUCUAAAAUUAUGAUAAUACUAUCUACAGUUACUUAUCUAUAGAACACUAAUUACCCAAAUUAGUGUACGAUCCAAGGACUUCACGAUUUGAUUGCUUCCAAAUUUGCAAUUAUUUGAUUAAUUAUGACUCAGUUUUUGAUCAUCGUGUAAUUUCUUUGAACCCAACAAAAAAAAAAAACACUGACGUGUAAAUUUGAGUCUUCCCAAUAUGGUUUACCUUUUAGUCAACGCUUCUCUUUGUUUUUUGCUCCACCAAAGUCCCCAAAUACUCAUUUUACGUUUAAACCUUUCACUUGAAGCUCUGUUUUAGACUCUCUUUAUUUCUUUAACCACCAUGCGAUUCGUCGCGGCACCGCCUCGUUCAGGCGAUAUUUCACCGUCUCCUUCACCAUCCUCCGGUGUAUCAGAGGAGAUUCUUUCAAGUUCGUCGGAUCCUCCUUUGGAGUUUAGUCCUCCAUUGAUCGCUAUGGUUGUUGUUUUAGCCGCCGCUUUUCUUUUCGUGACCUACUCUCGUCUCAUCUCCCGCCGUUUUCUCUCACCUCUUUUCCGUCGUUUUAGACGGUGGCGUUCCCGUCGGCGUCGUCUCCUUCACUUAUCUUCAGCUUCCUCUGCUUCAACUUCAUCAUCCGAUCUCCGAUCUUUCUCCCCUUUCCCUUUCGACUCUUUUCAUUACUCUUCUUACUCUCCCUACGGAUUAGACGAUUCCGUCAUCAAAACGCUACCGUUAUUUCUCUACUCCGCCGCGUCUUGCACCGGGAAAACCACGGUGGGGAAAACCUCCGCCGCUGAUUGCGCCGUUUGUUUGUUGGAAUUCGAGGAUGGUGAUUAUUUACGAACACUUCCGUUAUGCUUCCAUGCUUUUCACCUUGAAUGCAUCGAUGAAUGGCUCCGAUCUCACCCUAACUGUCCGUUAUGCCGUACGGCGAUUCUCGGAUCCGCCGUCGUCGCGGCCGCCCCUGUGUCGCCGUUCGUUCCGUUGAUGGCUCCACGGAUUCGUCCGAUCCUCGAUGAUGAUGAUGACGAGAGCAACGCGAUCAUCAUCCGCGGCGAAUUCACACCGUCGCGGAGCAAUUGGAACACUGAUACGGCGGUUACGACGACGAACGAUCAGGAGAUCACAGCGUCGAUGGAAGAGCAAUCAUCACCGGCGAUAUCUCGGUUCCGUGAGCUGAAGAGAUCGUACUCAUUCGAAUCUGAAUCAGAGAGAGUAACGAUGGAUGAACCAGCGACGGUGUCUCCGUGGAGGUACCGGAGAUCUACGUGGAACAAACGUCAAUCACCGUUCGGUAACCUAAUCUCGAAAUCGAGAGUGUUCUCGUUCCGUUACUACAGAAGCACGAAGUCACCGUUCUUCCGGCGGAGAUCAUCGGCGGGAGUGUUUUUUCCGAUAUCGGAACGGAUUACAGCGACGGGAAGCUCAUCGCGGCGGACGAAAUCGAUGACGAGUCCGAUGUUUUUCAGAACAGCACCGCACUCGUCGAGCCGGUUAAGAUGUGGAGAUCCAGAGGCACUGUUAUCGCCGGAGAGAUGGAGGAGGAGGGACACGUGUAGGGGAGAGAUGUGAGAUGAAAAUUGGACGGUGGUGAUGAUGAUAAAAAAAAAAUUGAAGUGGAAGGAGAGAGAGCAUUAAUGGAUUGUGGGGUUUAAAGCAUUUAAUGGAAUUAAAAUGCACGAAACAGAGAAGAUAGAGAGAGUUUCAGAACUU